AUGGCUGACGAGGGGGGAUUCAAGAAGCACCGUCGUCGCCGCAGAAGUCGCAGGAAGAAAGCAGCGACUACCAUUGGUAACUUGGUAGCUGGCCGAGCUCCAUUAGGCUGGGGGUCUCCUUCGUCUCUCAGGCCUGCUCCCCCAGCUCUAGUCACUCCUUCAGUGACAGGGAUUUUGGAACACAGUCCUUCUCCAUCCACAACUUCCAGAUCACCACAUUCUCCAAGCUUGUCUCCAGCUCUCAAGUCAGAGGCGACCAGCAGCUCUCUCCUGUCGUCCACACCAGGUUCUGGGGAUUCAGAAAUUGCGAGAUACUCCCCUCCUCUCGUCCCUAUCCAUCUUCUGCCAGAAGCCUUCCUCUCACAAAAAACCGAAAACCAAGUGCAAGAGGACAUGUUCCCAAAGACCAAAUACCUGUCUACCGUUGGUGGACCAACUUCAUCCGCAAACACUCGGUCCUCCAUGGAGCUUGACGACUUCGAUGAUCUUGCGUCUUCGCAGCCGCUGCCCCUGAGCUCGCUUAGCAGCCGAACGCAUUCGAGAAACAAAGGCUCGAAGGCCUGGAGAUCCUUCGCCGAUGAACAGAAUCAAUACAGGCUGGAUGACCUUGGCCUCGGUUCGAUCUGGUCCAAAGAUACCUAUCAUCAAGCUACUGGCACUGUGAGCCAGUCACAGCACAAGAUCCAGAACCAGGAGAAUCGACUUCCAGUCUCAGGAUCCGCCUUGUCACGAGCCGUCCUCAUGAGUGAUCCCAAGUUCGGGCAAGGACACAACCCAAGUGCCAGCGAUGAAGGCUCAGUCCUUGCCUCGCACGAUCAUUCAAAUGCUCACGGCAGUCACCAGCCUCGGGGCUCAUUCUCUCAGCAGCCUCCCAAAAUCCACGCAGUGGACACCAUGAUUUCGCCUGGACAUUUGGGAUCAAUCCCCGGAAAGCACAGCCAAAACCAAGUCCCCAAGCCAGAAGAACUCGCCCCAUUGGCUCGCCCUUCCUCUGAGGAUGCGUCUGGAAUUACCACUCUUGGAACCAAAUAUCCAAAGCUUAACGGCUGGCACGUUGAAGGUUCUGGAGAGCCUAUUCCUAAGAUGGACAUAAAAGCCUUCUUGGACAGUGUUCUCGAAGGAUCCUACAAAGUUAACGAGCCCCUCGUCGAUCCAUUUUGGGGUCCCGUGAAAUCCUAUCAGACAGAGAAGGUGACAAAAGAGCCAAUCCAAAAGAAUACUACCAAGCCUGCCGAACAUUUUUGGGGUAUCCCCCUGCAGUUCGAAGAUACCAUCAAGGGACCAACCAAGAAAGAUGAGAAAGAACGGAAGCCAGUAUCUAUUCCUACAGAGAAGGGCCCUGAGUUUGGAAAAAAGGUCUACUUGAACACAGCAUCUCUUUCUACAGAGAGAGGCCCUGAGCUUGGAAAAAAGGUUUACUCGAACAUGAUGCACUCCAAUGACCCAUUCAAUCUCUUCCAAGUGGCUCGUGAACCGAAGAACUUUGGACUUUCUAGCGGCGGAUAUCCUGCAUCUGGAGAACCUUCUAUCCUCGGCAUGCAUUAUAUCGAUCCUUUCUUUGGUGCGGCAACUUCCAACGGGGCCUCACAGUUUACUGGCAAAGGAGAACAACCCGUGGACCGGUCGAAGGUUUUCAUUGAAGACAGCAUGGCCGCGAGAAUCAGUGCAUCUACUAGACGGGCCCCAAAGCUGCCUCCAGGCUUGCAUCAACCGAGCUUCUAUGAUGAUCCCAUGGGUUUCUCUAAGGACCCUAAUGCCAGAAUGGAAGAAGCCAAUCGCUGGUUUCAUGAUGACACUCUUUACGAACCAUUCCGGAAGCAAAUUGCCGACAUCUCUCGCAACUACGCAGCAGAGUGCAAGACCAAGGAUCCUAAUUGCGACCCAGUUGCCAUUGAACAGACCAACAACUUGUUGGGCAACGCCAUCAUCAAUCUCUUUUCAUAUGUUGAUGGAGAUCGCGAAAAACAGCGCGGCAACUUUGCGAACUUUGGAGACGUUGCUGCCGGUUGUUACGAAUCCAAUGACGGAGGACGUCGUAGCUAUUUUGACCAGGAUCCAUAUUUCAGUGAGACCCGCAACCCUCCCCGCCCUCCCCUGAGAACCAAGAGCAGAUUUUUCGGAUCUCGGGUCAAUGAAGAAGGUAAGGGAAAGGAACAGAAAGGGGAGAAGGAGAAGAAAGACGGAGAGGAAGAGAAAGACGAGGAGAACGGAAAGAAGGAGAAGAAGGAGGAGAAGAAAUUUUGAAUACCGAAUGAAGCUGGGACUAGAAACUUGAUUGUUGAAUGCUGGUUAUUCAGGUGUUCCUUUUUUGUUUCUAGCCGCUCUAUUGCGUCUUGUAUCCGCUCGUGGACUAGACAUUGGCCUAUCUUUCUGCAGGAGGGUUUUCGGAUUCAUUGAACAUGACUUGGAGAUGAGGUCAUUGGGCUGGG